UUUUUGGUAGCGUAUGUUGAAAUAGAAAAACUUGCGUAACAUAUUCAAUUAUUCAUUCAUUUGUACAGUGCGCAUGUUUUUGCUGCAUUUUUGGCGAGUUUUUUAUAUUUGUUUUUUUUAUUUCGUUCUUAUCUCACGUUAUGACAUUAGGUCGAAGACAAUUUUAACAGGUGCGAUUUAUCUGGGAGUUUAGAAUAAGUACUGCAGAGUAUUACUGAUAAUGCAGACAGACAUUUUUGUCUGAGUUAACACAUCUUGUGUGUACUUUGGAUUUACUAAAAGACAAAGAACUGAUUAUUUACAAGUCUUGUAUUAUGGAAUACUUAUUACGCCGAUGUGUUUGGACCAUCGUAGCGACUUUAUUUUUAGCCGAGGUUUGUACUGGAGAAGCGCUUGGCUUCUUUGAAGUCCAGAUAGUCCGGGUUCAAAACACAGCCGGGGUACUGGAGUCCGGCGUUUGCUGUGACGGAAACAAAAACCAAUAUGGUGUCUGCUCCUUUGACACAUGUGACACCAUCGUUAGUGUCUGUCUUAAGGAAUAUCAAAUGACCAGAAACGAAGCUGAUUCAGAAUCUUGUACUUUCGGGUCGAAAAUGACUCAAACUUUAGGUCCCAACUCCUUUACUGUACAAGGGAUUGACGAACCGGGAAACCCUGGACAUAUAAAGAUACCUCUCGCUUUUACAUGGACGAGAACUUACACACUCAUUCUCGAAGUUUUUGACCGGGAUAAUGGAACAGACGGAGGUUUCACAACUGAUCUCAUUGGGCGACACUUUUACCCGAGUAUUCUAAACCCUGGGGACGCUUGGCACACUUUGAGGUAUAAUGGGCGCUCCGUACACGUUGAAUACAAAGUGAGAGUGCGAUGCAACGAACAUCAAUACGGAAACAACUGUACAAAGCUGUGCAAACCAAGGAGCGACUUUUUCGGGAAUUAUAUCUGCGAUAAACAUGGCAAUAAACGAUGCAUGGAGGGCUGGAUGGGAGAAGAUUGUAGAACUGCCAUCUGCAAACUCGGCUGCAGCACCGAACAUGGAUCAUGUAAACAACCCCACGAAUGCAUAUGCAACUACGGUUGGCAAGGCGAUUUAUGCAACGAAUGUGUUCCUUACCCCGGAUGUGAACAUGGUACAUGCAUGGUGGAUUGGCAGUGCGCAUGCGAUACCAACUGGGGAGGUUUAUUAUGCAACAAAAAUCUUAACUACUGUGGGACCCAUAAGCCAUGCAUGAACGGUGGUAUUUGCUCCAACCCUGAACCAGACAACUUCCAAUGCUCGUGUCCCGACGGUUACAGCGGUGUAAGAUGCGAAAUACCUGAGUACGCGUGUGUCUCCAACCCCUGCCAGAACGGUGGAUCCUGCCAGGAGAUGAGCCGAGGUUUUCAUUGUCAAUGUGUUUCGGGUUGGGAGGGAGUGACUUGUGAACGAAAUAUCGAUGACUGCGCGAAGACUCCUUGUGCCAAUGGUGGGAUAUGCAGAGACUUGGUGAAUGGGUUCCAUUGCGAAUGCCCGGCCCACUGGGAAGGCACGACCUGCCAAUUAGACGCGAACGAAUGUGAGCACAGUCCAUGCGUCCACGCACGAAGUUGUCGUAACUUACCCGGGAACUAUCAUUGUUUGUGUGAAGAUGGUUGGGAGGGGAGGAAUUGUGAUAUCGACAUUGACGAUUGUGACGGACAAUGCAAACACGGAUCCACAUGUCACGACUUGGUGAACGGUUUCCAUUGCGCAUGCGCACCGGGAUACACUGGCGAGCUUUGUCAGAUCAAUGUAAACGAUUGUGAGGACGACCCUUGCUUCCAUGGAGGGCAAUGUCACGACGAAAUACGUGGUUAUCAUUGUAUUUGCCCCGUUGGAUAUUCGGGCAAACGCUGUGAGCUUGAAGAAGGAUACUGUGAACCGAACCCGUGUGAGAAUGGCGCCCAAUGCUUCAACCUUAACGACGAUUACUUCUGUAACUGCAGCUCAAAAUACGAAGGCAAGAAUUGCUCGGAACUACGUAAUGUUUGCGACCGAAGAACUUGUGAAGUGAUUGACAGCUGUACCAUCCACGUUUCGUCCAAUGAGAGCGCGCUUGGAUAUGUGGUCCAAGAGUCCGGUAUAUGCGGGAACCAUGGUACCUGCAGAAGCCUUCAUGAUAAUGCUUACCAAUGCCGAUGCGACGUGGGCUUCGAAGGCGAACAUUGCGAACUUAACGUGGACGACUGCGUGAACUCUCGUUGCGACAACGGUGCUACUUGUGUGGAUCAGCUCAACGCAUAUACUUGUAUAUGUGCUUAUGGCUGGGAGGGACGAUACUGUGAAAAAGACGUGAACGAGUGCGAUCCUGAUCCUUGUCAUGGUCGAGGAAGAUGCAUCAACUUACGAGGCGACUUCCACUGUGAAUGUCACGCGCCCUGGAAAGGAAGAACUUGUAGCUCAAGACGAGACCAAUGCGACGACAACACGUGUUCUAAUGGUGGUGUAUGCGUUCCAAUGGCGAAGACUUAUGUGUGCAGAUGCCAACCAGGGUGGACAGGCAACACAUGUGCAACUCGAUCGGCGUCAACAUGCGCUUCCAAUCCAUGUGUGAACGGUGGGACUUGCAUUGGGGAUGGCGAUUCAUUCACUUGUUCCUGUAAGGACGGGUUUGAGGGAGAACGAUGCGAAGAUAACAUCGACGACUGCAGCCCCUACCCCUGUUACAACGACGGUAGAUGCGAAGACGGGAUCAACCAUUAUACGUGUCGAUGCUUGCCAGGGUUCGCUGGGCCUGAUUGCAGAAUAAACAUCAACGAAUGCCUAUCCGACCCUUGUGCAUAUGGGAGCAAAUGCGUGGAUGAGAUAAACGACUUCAAGUGUAUUUGUCCACCUGGUAGAAGCGGAAGGAAAUGCGAGGACGUGAACGGAUCUCCUGGUUCUUGUAUUUCUAACGGGAUAAUUUACCCUGAUGGUUCGAGAUGGAGGGAGUCGUGCAACACAUGUACUUGCGUGAGGGGGGAGCUGUCUUGCACCAAGGUUUGGUGCGGCCGUAAUAUCUGCUACACCAAGACGAUGCAGAAGAAGAAAAGUUGUCCCGAUCACCAGGAAUGUAAACUACUAUCUGUGGAUGAUUGUUUCACGCCCGACUGCGCCAUCCGUGGCGUGUGUGCCAGCGAUAAUGAUCCGGUAGAUGGCGAUCUUAAUCUAACCGACAUGGCAGCAAGAUGCCUACCAAGCGCAAGGGGUCAAACAAGUUCAAACUGCGCCAGGAUAUCUUAUGGCUUCAACAGACAUCAACUACCAAAGGGUGUCUUCGUGUAUGACGUAUGCGCCGUUGUUCGUUCGCUCCCAGGCCUCAGUGCGCAUGCGCAGAACCAUCUUCUUGUCAUUAGAUGCGCGGUUUCGGAAGACAAUCCUGACGUCAUAAUCGUCACCAUUACCUCCAACACCACAAACAGCGAGGAUGGAACGGCAAGAAGGGCGGCUGAACAACUCGCAGCUUUCCGACCUGACAGCACCAAAUACCCAGUGUUGGCCGCUAUUAAUGGAAUCAACGUGGAGACGACUGAACGAGUGACCAGAGAAGGAGGUCCUGACUAUCUGUUGCCGCUUGGUGCCUCCCUUGCUGCCGUGUUGGUUGGAUUGGCCGUCCUCGCGUUGCUAUGCUGGUGUGCUGGCCGUCGAAGGAAGAGGAACCUCCGGGCCGAACCCAGAAGGUCAAUCAAUGAUAUUGGAUCCCGAGUGAAAUCGGAUGAUGUUGUUAAGUGCGGGGAGGUUGCUAAGAAGAAAGAAGAGCCAACAUCUGACCUCCUGCUUAACGUGAACCAGUUAAACAACCGAAAGGAGAUCGUUAUCAAUAAUAUUUACAACAAGAAGUUAAUGAACAAACAGCCGAGUUUGGAGAAACUUACUGUCAAUAUAUCAAACAAGAAUCUCGCUAGUGACGUCACUAAUGAUGACGUAGAAUCUCACCGAAGCAACCGAAGCAGAAGCAGCGUCAAGCGUUAUGCGUCACCUCCGUCGUCCGUUGCGCAAGCCAGUAGCGCGUACCGUCGUGCGGAUGACGCGAAACGCAACCCGUCACGUAAUUGCUCAACGCAUUUCAUUCCAUCUGUCACUAGCGCACAUUGCACACGACCCACUCAACAUUAUGAGUUGCAACGGAGGGGGGCAGUUGAUGAACGACGUCAUAGGGAUUAUCAUGACGCAUCUGACGAAGAUGACGUGUUUGAUACGUCACUUCCUGCUCGUGUUUCUUACCACGAGAGCAACCGACUCCUACCAACAUGCGACUGCCGACAGCAGGGUACCUCAUGCGCAUGCGACGCUCGACAGGUGCAGCGCGUGUACAGACGGGAGUCCCAGGAGGAUUUCUCGGAGUCAGAAGAGGUUUCGAUGCUCCUGGAGCAACCUGGGUCCUCCCAGUGCCGUCCUCAUCAUCAGAGACGACACAGAUGUCAUCAUAGAUGCGAGGAAGGGAGAAGAUCUCACCGACAUCGAUACAGACGUCGCCCACCUUCCCCAACAUACAGAGAGACAGAUCUCCCUCAUUCAGAGUCCGAUGUCUUGGAUUCAUCGUCAUCAAGACUUAACAGACACAUCUCGUCAUUAGACGACUCAGCUCUUCCGCCUUACGAGAGCAUCGUCGCUGACGAUAGGGCGCGCACUGCGUCUCCACCUUGUGGUUGUGGCCGUGGAUCACAGACACCGGUGGUUAGUGCUGCUGAGCAGCCGUUACAAUACCAUCAAUCCCCCCCACCCUCGUACAGUUUACAUUGCGCCCGACCCUCCCAUCACCGCCACACGAACUCCUACGAGAAUUAUUCGUCCCCAGGGUAUAGGUCGCCUCCAAUUUCGCCAAGAUCCGAACUAAGAGAGUCGGAUACUUGUCGCCCUCUUGCGGACAGUGACGAACGAACCACGUCGUCACUAGGUGACGACUCGAGCGUCGAACUUUUGUCUCGAAACAAAUCGUCACAUCAAGUCACUGUAUAGCAGUUCUGUGUUCUUUUAUUUAAAUCUUCUUACCUAUUAAGUACCCAGAGCGGCAGUUUGCUAGUGCGGCACAAACUGCAACUGAGGCGAUUGCGACAAUUAUGUCGUGAUAACGCGGCUUGCACUUUUAUUUCAAACGCUGUGCACAUGUAUCCUCUAGCUUUUCGUUCGUUCUUUUCACGUCGUCGGCUUCUUAACAAGUUUUUUGUUCAAUCGUGUCCUUCGUAGCGUCUGCUACAACCGUCGUAAUCACGUUCAAACUAAUCAUGGAUAUUUUGCUACUUUCCUAUUUAUUUAUCAACUUUUUAGUUAUCACGACCGGCCAUUUAUGUUCAUGUUAUAAAACGACCGGCUGGUUUGAAAAUAUAAUUUCACUUCUUUUUCCGACGUCUUUUAAUAACUGUAUUCGUUGUAAAUAAAAUUCCCGGCGACGAAAAAA